AUGUUACCAUCCUUCACACGGAAGCCGGUGGAUCACCCACUCGGGUUUCUCGUGGCGAUCUCCGGCCUUCUCAUGCAGCUUAUGUCGUACGGCAUUGACAACAGCUACUCUAUCUUCUCCGACGACAUGCAUAAGGACCCCUCGCUUGGGUACCCGUCCAUCACGGCCAUAAGCCUCGGCAAUUCCGUCUCGCUCGGCCUCUCGCCGCUGUUCGGGGUGCUCUGUGGGUUUCUGGUGGACCGCGUGCCGCCGCGCCUCAUGAUGGCCAUCUCCACCGGGAUGCUCUUUUUUGGCCUCUGGAUUAGCUCCAGCUUUGCCCACAGCGUGACCGCCGUGACCUUCACCUACUGUCUGCUUGCGUCCAUCUCCUCAGCCUGCAUGCUGUCGCCAGGCGCGGCCGCUACCAGCUCUUGGUUUAGACGUUACCAGGGACUCGCGAUGGGCAUCAACUUUGCCGGCGGCGGCGUUGGCAGCGCUAUAAUCCCCUCCUUCGCCGGCAAAUGGGUUGUAAUGUACGGCUGGCGCAAAACGUUUCGGCUCAUGUCGGCCUUCUGCGCCAUCGGCGUCGUGGCAACGUUGCUCUCCGCACGCCGCGACUCCAGCCUGGAUGCCGUGGAGGAGGAGGCUGCGAUGCACAACAGCAACGAGGGACAACAGCAGCACGAGGGAGAGGCAGAGGAGGCACAUGACAGCAGCGAGGCGACGGCGUCCACGCGACGCAGCCUGCACACGCACAAGCUGACACCGUGGGAGCUUUUUCUCAGCAUCUUCUCGCGGGCCUUUAUGGGCAACUUCUUUUGCUGGCUCAUCUUCAGCUGGGCCUUCUUCUCACUGAUUUACGUGGCCGUGCCGUACGUAUCGUCCAUGGGUAAGGCCGGCACCGUGUACGCAGCUGAGAAGCCGAUCCCCACGGACAUUGCCUCCACCCUUUUCACCUUCUACGGCGCGUUUCAAAUUGUUGGCUCCGUCCUCAUCGGUUGGCUCGCGACCAGCACGACGAACGAGUUUGCGUAUGUUACGUGCGCCACCGUGGGGGGUGUUUUCUGCGGUUUUUUGGCCUUCUGCCGCAGCUACGUCGCGUUUGCACUCCUUCUCUGCGUCAUUGGCUUCUGCAUGGCAGGCAUGUUUGCCGUCAUGCCAGCCCUCAUUGCCGAGCGGCUGCAUGGGCCAAACCUCGGCUUCUACAUGGGCUCUGUCUUCCUCGCCGGCGUCGUCGGCGGCUUCUCCGCCCCGCCCAUCCAGGCAGAACUGCAGCAGCGCUACCAUGGCAACUACACCUUUGUCUGCGUCUUCAUGAGUGUCUGCAUGACGAUGGCGGCGGCUGUCUGCUACAUCACAAUGUGGCGGGCGAAGACUGCCCGCCUCGUGAGUGCGGCGGCAGCGGUGAAGCUCGCGUAA